GUAAAAAAAUGGCAGCUUCUAGAAACGGUGGUGUUGACAGAGUUCUAAGAAAAUGUCAAUCAUGUGUGGACGCCGGCAAUUUUUACGAAGCACAUCAAAUGUAUCGAACUCUGUAUUUCAGAUACAAUGGACAGAAAAAAUACACAGAGGCAUUGAACCUUAUAUACAAUGGAGCAGUUACCUUACUUCAACAUAACCAGCAUUCAAGUGGAGCUGAUUUAGCUAUGUUGAUGAUAGAAUUGUUGAAUACUUCUACACAGCAAGUGACAGAUGAUACAAUAGAUAAAGUUCUACAGAUAUUUAAUCUGUUAAAUGCUGAUUCAGCAGAAAAACAUAAUUUUAUGAUAGCUGCAAUUCGAUGGUCAAUGAAUGUUAGUCAACACAAACGUGGACAUCCAGAUCUACAUCAAAAAUUUGGUCUUGCUUUUUGGAAGGACAAGAAUUAUUCUCAGGCCAGAUACCAUUUUAUCCAUUCCGCUGACGGUGAUAAUUGUGCCUUGAUGUUGGUAGAAUUCCAUGUCAACCAUGGAUACUCUUCAGAAGUUGACAUGUUCAUAGCACAAGCAGUUUUACAAUAUUUAUGUCUACAGAAUAAAGAUACUGCUCUGAUAGUGUUUACCAAUUAUACAAAACAGCACCCAGGAGUGUGUAAGGGGCCUCCCUAUUUACUGCCUUUACUGAACUUUGUAUGGUUUCUAUUAUUAGCAUUAGAGGGGGGUAAGGUAACAGUGUUUUCUAUUCUCUGUGAUAAAUAUGAGUCUUCUAUCAAGAGAGAUCCAAGUUAUAAAGAGUAUUUAGAUAAAAUUGGUCAAUUAUUCUUUGGAUUGCCACCACCAAGGAAAAGCAACCAGGGCAUGUUUGGUAAUUUACUAAAUAGUUUACUAGGAGGAGGAGAAGAAGAACCUAUGCAAACAUCAACAGAAUCAGUGCAGUCUCCGAAAGUGGAAAAAGUUGAAUCUGUCGUAGAUUUGGACUAGGGUGUCAUCAUUGUUAUAAUUAUAAACAAUUGUUGAAAUGUAUUCAUUGACUAUUCGUUUAUUCAUGAAUUCAGUAAAAAAAACUUUGUGUUUUUACAGAUUUACUUCAUAGUUGGGGAAAAAAAUCAAUCUUGGUAUGAAAGAAAAAUAUUUCAGCGAUAACAAGACCUCAAUUUCAUACAUGUAUUCAAAGUUUUGGUAUUAUUUUUGUUGGAGUGAAAAUGUCGAGAGACUUUUUUUUUGAGUGAGAGUUUUAUUGGAACAGUUUUUUACUUUUUAUUUAUAAGCAAAAACAUCAGUUAACAAUGAAAAUUGU